GGUGUUUCCAGUUGGCGCCAAAAAGCAAAAAGGAGGAAUGAGUGGCGCGCUCUGGUGGAUUCGGCUAUAAUCGCUUAAAGCGGUUCCUACGCCAAAUAUAUAUAUAUAUAUAUAUACAGCGAGAGUAUAAAAUGUUCGGUUACACCCGAACUUAGCCCUUCCUUACUUGUUUCAAUUUAAGUUUUUUAAAUAUGGCUCUUCGCUGAUAGGUGCCCACAAUGGAGUGUUUGAUUUAUUGAUUGAAAUGAAACACAAUGAUCAACCCUCUUAAUAAUAUUUACAAAUAUUGCUGUCGUUUCCUUCCUACAUACAUUCAAAGAAGACUUUUAUCUUCUGAAUAUUUGCAUUUGUACCGAAUAUUUCGUUGACAAUGCAGUAUGUAAAAUAAAGCAAAAAAAUAAACAUUUUGCAAAGUAAAUUCACCACAACAACGAAAAAUACUCGAACAGUUUUACAUGUAUGAGUCAGAUCAUAUCUACAUCACGUCAAAUUUCGCAAAGGAACGCUGAAAGUCAUAUGUGAAGCUCAGUCGUUUGGUUACAUUGUGGUUUACCGGCACAAUCGCUUCGAAUUAACAUUGGAUUUUACGAGCAGUAAUUGCUAGUAGUAGUACUUACUCAGCUUGGGUGAUAUCAUAUUAGUACAGCUAUACUACACCCAUUCGACUUUUAUGGCCGUUUGGUGCAGUUAGUGGAAGGACGGUCGUCGUGAGUGGGCACAUUGCAGCGCAUCUGACGGCUGAAGCAGAAGGAAAUAAGCAUGUCCUACAUUGUUGUCCGAUAUAAUUUAUAUAUGUCAUCACACUCCUUCCAUGCCCUGUAAGAAAAUAUUAACAUAUGAAAGGAUUAUUUCAAUUCCUUGUUGUCUUAAACAAUUCUUAAUAAUAUUAAUACUCCGACAUGCUGAUAUAGUAUGAAUAUCUAAGGUAUUAUUUUUUGGUAAACUUUUCCAUAAGAUCCUCAAUUCACCAUCAUCUAAAAAAAUUACGCCUCUGUUAUGAAAAUUCCUCAAACAGGAAACUAUAUUUCUCUUAAAUUAGUUAUGGAGGUUAAAUUAAUGAUGGAAUAUAUUGUGGUUUUUUGUUUUUAAGAUUGCAAAAAACCCAGCCGAGCCUACAGAUGACUCCUAUUCUCGCUGAACAAUAUUUGAUACUGGCGAGCAAAUAAGAGAAUCUGAAGUUGCAGAUUCUGCAGAUAUUUGCCAGCAAUAUUGAAACUCUAUUAAGCUUCUUCGGCUCAGCUCAACUUCUAAGUAUAAAAUUACGCUCGGCUUAGCGUUGAUUCUGCUACAGCCACACGUCCUUUUAACCCAGCAAAAGCCAGACGAAAUUCACAUUUCAUAAUAUUAUUGCCCCUAAUGUUGCUCAUACAAUGUUCGCUGCUAAAAAACAUUCCGACUGGGGCACCUGAACCGAAUCAAAACAAUUGAUAUUUAUUCGUGUGUGUUAUAAUGUGUAGGAUUGUUUUUAAAAUAAGCUACAAAUCAAAUAACAAAUACAAUAAUAACAUAUGAGACAUCAAAUCGAAAAGCGAAUCGUCUCAAAACACGAAAAGUCAACAAUAAAUAGAAGCAGAACUUCGCACGAAAGCGAAAAGUACAAAAACAUCAAGAAACGAAAAACAAAAAAUGAAAAUAAAAAUCACCAACGAUGACGCCAACCAUCUGUGCGCUGGCUCAUAGCGCUGACCCAUGCCAUGGGCUAAGCGUUAAUGAGCAUUGACUUCGCACUUUGGCGAUGACGUUUCCACCACUGACGCUGUCGCUGCCGCUGCCGUUCAGUCUGUGAGCGCUUUUGCCGUUUGAUGUACCUAUUAUUCACUUCUAUUUCGAAACUGCUGACGCCAAUGCCAAUGCGUUUCUUCUGUUCUGUUUGGCAUACGGAAUUCAGCUGAAGUCAGUCAGUCAGUUACGCGUAGAACAGUUAGUUAGCACCUAGUGUCCGCUGCAGUGUAGCGCGCCAAUAUUGAAUAUACAUUUUUCUUUUAUUCAAAUACGUGUAUCGAGCGGCAUUUAAUCAGCUCAACAACAAAUUCGCUAAUCUCUUGAAAUGCACAGCGAUACUUCGCAUUCCUCAUUGCAUAGCUGGCUGUUUAGUGGAGUACAUCGGCAGCGGUUUGUUGUGGUUUCACUCGGCGGCGACGUGAUUCAUUGGUCGCAGUAUUUUUUAUACUUUUUAUGCCUUUGGCUUGCAUUUAUCGAAAACGCAAGUUUCGAGUGCUGCAACCAGCUGCUGCCUGCCUCGCUACGCCGAGCAUUCUAAAUUAGGCGGUCCGCUCGUCAGUUCGGUUUUUUGGCCACUCGCUGAUAUCAUCGCUUCGAUUAGUGGUAACGGUUCGGCCAGCGGUUCUGAUAUCACUGCCGCAAAUAUUUCGCAGUCGAAGCAGCCGAGGCAGUCCUCCUUCUUAAUCAUCAACGGACGUUUGUCUUCGGUGCUUGUUAAAUUCAUUGAGCAAUCAAAAGUAAAUCAAAAUUAAUUUCCAAAUACUUGCUGAAUUGUAACACAUUGCAAAUUGCUAACCUUGAACGAUACACAGCGCGGUGCGGGUGUGAACUGUCGGUAUGAAGUGCUCUCAUAAAUAGCAUCCAUACUUUUCUUGUUUGAUGCCAAAAAAUUCCAAGGCGUUCGCACUUGAAUUUUCGCAAAAUAAAAAACAAAGUGGCGUACAAAUAUUCAAAUGUGUAUAUACAAUCUGUUAUUUGUGUGCAUAUUUUCGGAAAUAUAGAAUCUGAAAAUUGAAAAUUUUCAUUUGGUGAAUUACACAAUCAGUGAAACUGCGGAGCUGGUGUGGUGAGAUUUAUAUAAUAUUUACGCGCACAAGCAGGCAUCGAGCAGUGAAGACUUGCAUAGCCAGCCGGCGGCGCUAGUGACGAUUUGUGGCCUGUCGGAGUACCGCGCAACUCGUGAGCGCGUUGCAACAGGCGGAUUAUCAGUGAGCUCUGCAAAUGUUCUGUUUGGUGGUGAAUUUAGAUUUUUUGACGUGAUUUAUUGACGCUCUCAAUUCGAUCGACGUAGCAGUUUAAUAUUGCGUGCGGAUCUGCAACCUCUGUCGCACUUUUAAUUUUAUAAUUUCUUAAAACCUUUAUAAAUUUGUAGUGCAAUCCUCAAGUGCAUCAUAAAAAUUUAACAAAAUAAGUAAUUAAAUUUGUGCGUACGCGUCCCAAAGUCGUAGAAAGCAUUCUUUUGUAGAAUUUGUGUAACUUUUUUAAUUUUUCGAAUUUAACGCAUUACGAAACGAAACCGCUACGAAAAUGGGUGAUGAUCUGUUGCCCGAACUUGGUGACCUUGUGUUUUCAGUGCUAAUCGGCUAUGCCGGAGCCCUGGAAUUUCUGUAUGUCGUGCGCCAUCUGUAUCAUUGGAGCUGUGGGCACAUGAACACAACGCAAAAUGAUGCAGAAAGCCUCCAACGACUCCAAGAACGUAUGCGCAAUCAGUUAGCAGAAGCAGAAUCCAAAGAACGACAAGCUGGCACCGAAGUUAUGAAGGAUGGAGUGCUUUAUAAAGACGGGUUUCGAAUAGAUGCCGAACAGUUGGAGAGAGAGCGCUUAAAAGCAGCACAAAAUACACCAGAAACACGUGGGAAGCGUAAGCAAGAGAUUGAACUGGAACUCAAGCGGCAACAGGAGAUCGAAGAAGAGACUAGGAAGCAAUUGGCCGAGGCUGAAGCGAAGUUAGCUGAGCAACGUAGGCAGGCUGCUGAGGAGCAUGCAGCGCAUCAACGCGCCGAAGAGGAACGUAAGUUAUUGAAAGCCGAACGUGCGCGCGAAGAACAACAGAAAAGAGAAGAGGAAGAGAAGGAAGCAAUGGAGGAAGCGCGCAAGCUUGUAGAAAUAGAACGAUUGCGCGAGGAAGAAGAGUGUAGAAGAGAAAGUGAAGAGAAGGCACAUAAACAGAGAGAGGCUGCGGAAAAGGAACUUAAGCGUCAAAAAGAAGAAGAAUUAGCAGAAAUUAAACGCCAAGAGAAAGAAGAAGCGGCACGUAGAGCAGCAGAGGAAGAGGAAAAGCUACGACAACAAGAAGAAGAAUUAGCACGCAUAGCGGCAGAGGAGGAGGAAAUGAAGCGUCAAGAAGAAGAAGAAGCGGUACGUAGAGAAGAAGAAUUAGCACGAAUAGCGGCAGAAGAAGAGGAAAUUAAGCGUCAAGAAGAAGAAGCUGCACGUAGAGCGACAGAGGAAGAGGAAGAGCUGCGACGACAAGAAGAAGAAGAAUUAGCACGAAUAGUGGCAGAGGAAGAGGAACUUAAGCGUCAAGAAGAACAAGAAGCUGCACGUGCGACCGAACAGCAACGUGCAAAAGAAAAAGAUCUUAAACGCCAAGAAGAAGAUGCCCCUAAAACUGCAGAGAAAGAAGAAACAAAACAAAAGCUUGCAGCGGAUGAAGAACUGCGACAACGUGAUAACGACUUGCUAAAAGUGUUAGAAGCAAAUACAACGAGAGAAACUGAUGAGCCAACACUAAAACUUAUACAAGUUGAGAAACAAAUCGAGCUCGAACAGCUUGGAAAGGAAAUAACCGACUCUGAACGAGCGACAGCAAGUCAACAAGAGAUAGAUGAAGAAGCCGAAGCUAUUGAAAGCGAAAGAAAAUUAUUUGAAUCGGAACGACUGCUAGAAGAAGAACAGCGAAACCAAGAGCUUGAAGAGCAGCAGCCCCUGGAGCAAGUGGAAAAACGUAUUUACAAAAACGAAACGCAUUCAAGCACGAAUCCGAAGAAAGUAGACGAAGCGGAAACUUUAGACAGCAUUAUGCAACUGCUCGAUGCUGAAAGCGAACGUCAUCUACGCGAAAAAGAAUUUGAGGAACAUGCAGCACAAGAGCGUUUAAAAAGACAAAAAAUAAUUGAAGAUAAUGCUCGUAAGUUUCUUGAAGCCGACCAUGAAAUGGAAGAAUUACUAGAAAGUGUACAAAAGCAACGUCGUCUAUCUGCCACUGAGAGUGCACCGCAAUCUCCAGUGUUUGAAGAACCAUGCAUCAAAAAAACGAUGAGCCCACUAUCCGAUAAUUCUGACAGUGGAGGCGAACGUCUGACGCAGACGGUUAAGACACAGUUUGGCCAAACCAGCAAUGAACCAUAUUCUUUAUCAACGAAGCCGUUGCUCUUUAAAAGUAUAUCCGAUGAUACUCCAUCUUUUGAGCCUGAGAGUUCGUUGAGUGCCCAAUCACCAGAAGAAUAUGACAUUGAUCGAGAUGGAACAACAGAAAGUAAAAUAGAUGUGCAAUUUGCACAGUUGGAACGACAAGAACCUGACGGUGGUGAAGACAACGAUACUGCAGCCUCUACACAAUAUACUGAAGACUAUUUGCGCUCACUUGAUGGCAUCAAGCAACGACCAUUGGUACGUGAGGAUGGUUCUGGACGCCGACGUGCUUUUAAGAAGCGACGUUCCAGUGGCAGUUCCAAUUCAUCAUUCGAGUCACGUGCCUCACGUGAGGAGGAAGUUAAAAUGUUCACAUCACUUGAGGAGGAAGAACUGCAACCCAAGAAAGAAGGUGAUGCAGAAUUUACGCCAAUCACCUACGGAAGCGAACCGUUGUUGAAGGUAAAAUUGCCUAGACGACGUCAUAAGCGUAGCCCAGCGAAAGAUGCCAAGCCGAGCGACACCAAUGUAAGAGGUUCCCUGGAGAUGCUUGAUGAAGAAGCAAAUACCAAUCCAUGGGGCGAAGUCACCCCCGAGCACUACAAGGAUAUGCCAUUCUGGAAACGUGAAAAGUCAAUGUCCAUCGACGAGGAAGCCAUCGAGCUCGAACCGCCUGCCACAAAAACCGAUGCAGAACAAGACAAUAAUGCUAGGAAUAUGCCACAAGCCUCUGCCUUUGAGGAGGCUACGCACACACAAAACGAGGAGGCUAUAACAGUAUUGCAGCGACAACAGACGAAGGAAGACCAGGACAAUGACGAACAUGAGCAAGAUGCAGUUGAGAAAACACCAGUAGACAUUCAAUCGAACCUUAAGAUCACACACGAAGUAUCACCCGAUUCUCCAGUUAGCCGAAAAUCUGCUUCUCCACGCUUACGCCGUAGUCCGCGCAUUGAAGAAAUGGAUCAGUACGAAGAAUUGUGGAAUAGGGCGAACGAAUCGAAUACAGCGGAUGAAUCUUUAACAAGCAACAUGCCGUCAACUCCAUCCAUUACUGUUGACAAAUCACCAGAUAUUGCGUCAUGGCGUGAUCAAUACGGUCUGCUAAUGGAGGGACUUAGUGAUUUUUAUGACUUCACCGCUUCUGUAAACCCCUCGCGCUCACGUUCCACGUCUCGUCAGGCCUCGCCUGCAACUUCGCAACCCAGUACACCACUUCCUAAGGAUGUGGAAUUUGUGUUUAGUGAAGAUGGAAAAGAGAUCAUAGAAAUAUAUGACGAUACAGGCUCUGUAAUGGAGACAGAGCUUACAAAGGAAAAAGUGGUGGAAUUUAUAGAAUCCUUGCAAAAUGACUGUGUAAAAUUGUCACAAACGAUUGGAGAUCACUUACAAACUGUAGCAGACUCUCCAGAUAUUACUAAAGAUGGAUCGGAAGGCGAUUCACGCAAUGAAAUGAGGCUGUUAGUUCAAACAUUACGCGUAGAGAGACAAUCUAGAUCACAUUCGCGUUCACCACUACCCACAGAAGAUCAACUCGGUCAUAGCUUGGAGAUGCGUCGCAAUAAAUUGAUUAAACACAACGAUGCAAUUUUUGAAGCAUUAAAUCGUCAAACAUCGGGUAGUCCUAAUAUAUCCGAGCAGGGAUCGAAUACUGUUGAAUCCCCAGUCAACUCUGACGAUGAUAUCAGAUUAUUAGUCGAAAGUCAACGAAUUCGAACAAGAUCCCGUUCGAAAUCACCCCUUCCAACUCCACAUAAUAUUGAACGUAGUUUGGAAACACGACGUUCUAAACGUAUUCGGCAAAAUGAUGAGUUAGGUGAGAAGCUUGGUUUAGAGUCCAGUAUAAAUCGUACACCAAGUCCUACAGAGUCACCUGAUUCAGUUAUAGAUUUCAAAGAAGAGCACUCCAAAGAUAGUAUGAGUCUCCUAGUAGAAUCUAUUCGCGUAGAAAGAACAAAAUCAGGGUCACGUUCGCGGUCUCGCUCACCCUUGCCAACGGCAGAGAACUUAAGAACUGGCUUAGAACAGCGACGAAAGAAGAAAAUACAACAAAACGAUGGACUCUUCCAACAGCUUCAUAUUAAUAUACCAACCAUUCUGGAUGACGAUUAUAUUGUUCCAGAAAGAAGAGCAAUCACGGCUCCCGUUAUUUCUAUACAAUGUUGUGAUGAAGAGCUCGAAGAAAAUACUCCAGAUACCGCCCAGGAAGAAAGUGAGUAUUCACUGGAAAGUAUGACUAGUUUGGUUGAGUCACUACGCUUACAACGUUCACGGUCAAAGUCACCUAUGCGGCGCCUUGAACGCGAACGAACACCAGAACCAAGUAAAAUGCGCGUGGGUAUAGUUGAAGCCGAUCACAUGAGUGAAGAGGAAGACCAACAUGAGCGAAGAUCACGAACGCCAUCGCGCUCAGUUUCAUUAUCACCCAAUCGCAUCAGUCUGCAUUCUUCAUCACAGCCAGUGGAGGAAAUACACUUUCAUGUAAUGCUAAACCUAGAAGCCUCUCAAAAUCGUACACUUUCCAAGUGCAGCGAAGAAAUAGAGACCAUUCUGGCUGAAAAGCAACGCCAAGUAGACGCAGACGCCUUACGCAAAUUGAGCAACGCCAGUGAAGAAAUAGAGUUGCGUACUGUGACACCCGUCUCUCCACUUGUACCUCAAGAUAAAGACCAACUGACACCCUUACCACUCGACGAGCGUAUGCGCCAACUACGUUGCUCACCGACCACGCCCGAUUACGAUCGCACCAGAUCGCAAGAGUGGGGUGAUGUGCAGCGCAUAAAGGAUGAAAUGUUGACAAGUGGAUUUAAGCGAUCCACAUAUGUCGGUGAAUCACUGGAUCUCGGCAGUGAAUUUGUGCCAUUACGCGAACAAACAGCGCGUUUCCGACGCUCACGUAGUCCAUCACCUUCACUUAUUUCUACAGAACCAUCCGAAAAAGUCGAUGAACGGCGUCAGGUGCAGGAGAAAAUAUUGGCCGAGCUUAUUUCGGCCUCUGAACAGCUAGCAGAUGAGAAACGUUUGGGAGCAAAACCCAAAGAGCUGCGAGAUACCAAGUCAAAGGAAAAGCAGCAGACAGAGUACGAAGAGCUGCGGCGCAUAAACGCAGAAUUUCAGCGAUCUCGUAGUCAAAGCCGUUCACCCCUAGGUGACAUCGAGGCUAUCGAAGUGGCGAAAAUUGAUGAAGAAGCCACGAAACGAGAAUUACAAGACAGGAAAACCGAUUUGGAAAAGGCAAAUAUUAAUUUUCAAGAAUUCUCACGAUAUCUAAAUGCCGGUUUCUUGGACAAUGAACGCAGAGCGUCUGACUCAGCGCUCAUACAGAAACCAGAGAUUAUAGUUCAACUACAGGAGCUCGAAGAAGAUUUUGAAUUAGAACCAGAGAAUUAUCAUCACUUUCGACGUUUCUCAUUGAAUCAGGAGCAGUCGAUUGAAGAAUACCCCAAUGAUGACUACGUUUAUGUUUCGCAAAUCGAAGUUCAAACGCCCAGCGGUACACGCACAUGGAUAAGGGAAGACUACUACAGCGAAGAUUUCGAUCAGUUGAAUUUAUUCACAGAGGGAAGUGAUGCAAACGUCACGUUUACAAUAGACGCUAAUAAUGAAGCUGCAGAAGAACUUCAACGCGCGGAAGACGAAGAAACGGAUGGUAGCGAAGAUGAACGUCAAACUGUGGUUGAUGUUGACGAUGAAAUAGAUGAGGACAUUUGUGAUUUUAAUGAACGUGGUCCAGCCGAUGAAUCUCACCACGAACAGUCCGAAUGCGAAGAAGCAGAGCGCGAAAUGGAUCAUUAUGCUGAUAGAGAUGCAGAUGACUGGCAGCGGGUAGAAAACAUCGAAGAAUUGUUGGUAGACCAGAGUUUGUUAGCUAAUGAGGAAGGCGCCGUAGGCGGCACUUCUUCCGCAUUAGACUAUGAUUCAGACUCGGCGGCGAUCGAUGAGAUCUACGAUGAGGCAAUAAAGAAUCGGAAACAAUCGGGCAUACUACGCGAUUAUGACAGCAUUUUAAAUGAAAUGCAAAAGAGCUAUUUGAAUAAAGAGAUCUCAGCCGAUGGCAGUGAGGGUGAUGUGAGUGGAACCAGCGAUACCGAUCAUGCGAAUAAGAGAGCAAAUAGGAAACAAGGAAACACAGCAUCACUGAAACUGAUAAAUAAUGAGCGCCAUGAGCAUGAGCUACGAUAUCUGGGAGAUGCAAAUGUGGCAGAGAGACAAUCAACGCGGUUGCGCACACGUUAUGGAUAUGCUCCGCAGCUGAAUGUUAAGGGAAUUGACGAUUUAGACAUUGAAGUAGACCUAAGUUAUACACCUAAGAGAGAGUAUAAUUGGCGUAAGAAUUUCAAAAUAGACGAAGAUGAGGAGAACUCCAAUAAUAUACAAAGUCUCGAUAAGGACACAAAGACGGAUGAUAACACAAAUAAACAUUUGGACUUGCGGAAAUUUAGUCUGGGUGGCGAGAGCAUAACUCUUUUUAGCCAAGGUGCGGAAGGAAUUUGUUAUGUUGCCGAUGAAGAUCAACUGAACACCGAAACCAUAGAGGAGGAAAAGGAGUGUUCAAAUGAAUUAAGUGAGUCUUUACGGAUGGAAGUAGUACAAUCAUCUGUGGAGAAAUCAAAGAAAAAGAAAAGCAAAAAGAAAUUACGCAAGGAUUCUAAAAGCAAUAGCAUUGAAUUUGUCACGAAAUACGAUGAUGAUUCCGAGUCCCACAUCUGCAGUAGUGCACAAGUGGAAAACGAUUCACCCAAACGCAUCAAAUCACGCUCCCGCCGCAACUCCAGUUUGAACAAUGAAGAUACGAAUAAUGGUCCGUUUUCACCACGUAACAGUCUUGUAGACAACGAAGAGAUAAUGGGUAACGUAUUGGACAAUUUGUCUUCGACAGCUACCAAUAAAAAGAAGCUCAAAAAGCGUAAGAAGGCAAAGGAAACAUUUGCCACAAACGAGACCGACAUUAAAGAAGAUAUAACGGGGGAGGGCACAGAACACUCUCUUUAUUUCGAUUUAACCGUCAAAGUACCAACGGCGUCGGCAGCUGUCUCACCCGGCACAGCUAGCAUUAAUCCGCUCGCUACGCUAAGCCCACAAGGUAGUAUCUGCACACCGGGCAGCUCGUUGGACUCGGAAACGCCAGAGCUCAAGGAGCUGCUCAGUCUCUCGUCUUCUGCCGAAGGCUCACCCACCCAAGGAGAAGUCGAUACACCCGCUGUUGAAGCGAGGAUUUCGGCAGCAGCUGAUGCUUUGACAUCUACACCAACAACAGCACCAGAAGCGGCGAUAACGGUGGCCACGCGCACUUCUAUUACACCCACCACUACAACAAGAACAACAGUGGACACAUUUGAUAUCCUGAAGGACGCUAAUUUUUAUCCGCUUUUCUAAUUAACGCUGCAAACAGACUCAUAGUUGAAAAGUAAAUCCGACAAAACGAAACCUCCAAUAGCCUCACACUGCAUCCGCUCCUGCACCUGCACAUAUACCUAGCAUAAAACAACAUGAAAAUAUAUAUAUUUAAAAAAAAAUUGAAAUACAGCAGCAUUGGCCGCAAGCAAGCGUCUCUGCACUCCGCCGGCGCAACCUUAAACGAAACCACCCGACCAGCAAGUCCAAAUUGAUCUAAAAGACACAAACCCUCACGAACACUUUAUUAUCUUGUAUUAAAUUCUUAAUUCAUUUUUAUUGCUGCGAAUUCGAGUAUUUACAAAUAUGAAACGACGAUGUUCUAAAUAACGAAGAUUUAUAUUUCUGAACCUGUAUAUAGCUUACAUACAAACAUAUCCUUCAAAUAAAGUAUUUACGUUGAUUUAUAAAAAGUAAAAAUGGAGAA